CCGGCGAGUGGACGCGGAAGAGGUGAGGAGCUGCCCUACAAGCAAGCGCUGAAGGUGUUGCUGCGGGAGAGAGGGAAGCAUUUCAAUCCCUGGAGCGGCGAAAAUUCCUGAGUGAACGCUCCAUUUUGGAAAUAAAAGAGGGGCUAGGGCGGAGUUUGCUGGACACCCGUUGGAGACCUGCUGGAGUUGGAGCUUUGACCCAGUUGCAUCCGGAUCCGCUUUCCUGGGAUAUAUUUUCAUUCUUUUUUUUCACCCCCCUCCCCCCUUUCCAUCAGGAAGAACCGCUGGCAUUUGCCUGGAGCCUGGAGCUGUGAGUUUCGAGGGGGGUCCCGCCGUUAUCUGUUGAAGCACGUCUGGGGCUGGGGUUUCGCUUCUGAGCAAGGUCAGAAGGUUGGCCGCUGGAUCAGGCUGGAGAUCAGGGGCUGCCUGCAAGGAAGAAGAAGGAAUGUUUGACUGCAUCCAAAUGUGUGAAUCCCUGAGGAGAGAGUGCCUGAUCAGCCUGUAGAAGCUGCUUCAGUGUGUAGGCCUUCCAUUGCCUGGGGCUCGUGGUAUCUGGACAUCUGACGGCCAUGAACAGUGAUGAGAAGGUCCUUCCUGCCUCCCAAAGAACAUCGCCUCUGACGAGGAGCAGCAGCAAUGCAUCUUCCAAACCCACCAGUGUGCGCCAGAACUCUGAGAACUGGGAGGUGAUGGAGGAGCCACUGGGAGAUGGCCAUGCUUCUCUGGAUCUUGAGAGGCAGGAGGGAUACCUGCUGAAGAAGAGGAAAUGGCCUUUGAAAGGCUGGCAUAAGCGAUAUUUUAUCUUAGAAAAGGGAGUUCUCAAGUAUGCCAAGACUCAGCAAGAUAUUCUUAGAGGAAAACUUCAUGGUUCCAUCAACAUUGGCCUUUCUGUAAUGUCCAUUAACAAGAAAUCCAAGCGUAUUGACUUAGAUGCAGAAGAGAACCUUUAUCAUCUGAAGGUGAAAUCUCAGGAAGUCUUCACCACCUGGGUAUCCAAGCUCUGCUAUCAUCGAUUAUUCCAGAAAGGAGACCACAUUAAAGUCCCAUAUGGAGCAAAUGGAUACAGCCUUCCCAUGUCUCCAACUGCAGACUACCUGUCUGCCAGCAGUAUUGUACCUCUCAGCGGCAAGGCACAGAAGAGCGAAUCCCUCGGGGAGUUUGAAGACAAUGGUCAACUCCCUUCAGCGUCUACAAGUGGACAAGCCAUGACAGCAGAGUGGUUGCAGCACUCUGAGGAAUGGGACCAUUGUGGUGAAGAUCUCAGUCAGUGUCAGUUGAACCUGUCGGAACUGAAUAAACUGCUGCAGAAGCUGGAGGUCGUGGACAGGGUUCACUCGGCACCCGUCAUUUGUGAUGCUCAGGGUUUCCUUGCUGACAAAUCAAAGAAAGAAAAACGCUCCUCCAAAAUAUGGUGCACACAAAGUUUUGCCAAGGAUGAGACUAAGGCGUCCUCCGAUGCCAUGCGUCCCGGGAAAUUACACGUUUCCACUCCCAGCCUGCCGGAUUGCCUGGACUUGAAAAGCGUUUCUGUUCCCCUCGCCGUAAAGGAGGAGUACUUGCAGCUACAGCAGGAUUUCUGUUCGGUAUCACAGAAAGUUUUCUUGAAUCUGAAGUCGCUCUUCAACACCCUGGCAAUAGAGAAGGAAAGGCUCAAACAGGUAUGGGUGGAGAAGGAACGGGAUCCCAGUGCAUCAACUGUCCAGAUCGCAAACCUGAAGAACACCUUGUCUGAGGUCAUGUCCCAGAAUGCUGAUCUCCGGAACCGUCUUCACAGAAUCCAGUGUCUCUCCAGUUUUGCAGACAUCGUGACUAACCCAUCGACCCCUGUCAAAGUUGAGGAACAUCUUCAGACUACACACAACGCAUCGCUGACCAACCAGUUAUCCCUGGAGAGCAACAUCUCAUUGUCUGAGUCACACGUUGAGUACUUCGAUGCUGAAGAUGUGAUGUUGUCAGCCUGCUCUUCCUACAAUGAGAUGUCAGAUGAUGAUGACUCCACAACCAGUGAGAUCACCAACAGCAACUCUGAGGAGAAUCUGGACCACGUGGAUACAGCCAUGCAUGAACUAACAGUUGAAGAGGUUCCCAGCUGCAGUCCCGUCGAUGGAGUUCAAAGGAGGAUGUCUCUCCCAGCUCCUGGCCCGAAUCUGAGCAACGUCAGCCUUUGGAAUAUCCUGAAGAACAACAUCGGCAAAGAUCUGUCGAAGGUCUCCAUGCCGGUCCAGCUGAACGAGCCGUUGAACACGCUGCAGAGACUCUGUGAGGAGCUGGAGUUCACGGAGCUGCUGGACACGGCAAGCAGGACUUUGGAUCCAUUUGAACGCAUGGUUUACGUUGCUGCCUUUGCUGUGUCAGGCUACGCCUCGGCUUAUUACAGAGCAAGAUGCAAGCCGUUUAACCCCGUCCUUGGUGAAACGUAUGAAUGUAUAAGAGAAGACAAGGGCUUCCGGUUUAUUGGAGAGCAGGUUAGUCAUCACCCUCCAGUUUCGGUCUGCCACGCUGAGUCUGAGAAUUUCCUCUUCUGGCAAGACGUGAGGUGGAAGAACAAGUUCUGGGGCAAGUCCCUUGAGAUUGUUCCCGUCGGGAUGGUGAACAUGAGCUUACCGAAGUUUGGUGAUCACUAUCAGUGGAACAAAGUUGCCUCCUGCAUCCACAACAUCCUGAGUGGUCAGCGGUGGAUAGAGCACUACGGGGAGGUGACCAUCACUAACACCAAGAGCAGUGUCUGCCACUGCAGGCUGACCUUCUGUAAGACCAAGUACUGGAGUUCAAACGUAAAUGAGGUCCAAGGCUCGGUUUUGGAUCAGAACGGGAGGAUUGUCCAUCAGCUGUUCGGCAAGUGGCAUGAGGGAGUUUACUACGGCGGCCCGCAAUCCGCUAAGUGCGUUUGGAAACCAAAACCCAUACCUAAAGACCAUGAAAGUUAUUAUGGUUUCACCACGUUUGCUCGGGAGCUCAACGAGUUGACCCCUGACCUUAAAUGGGUCCUGCCCUUGACUGACACACGACUGAGGCCAGACCAAAGAUAUCUCGAGGAGGGGAACGCGGAGGGAGCAGAAGUUCAUAAGCAAAGGAUUGAACAGUUACAGAGGGACAGGAGGAGGAUAAUGGAAGAAAACAACAUGGUCUACCAGUCUCGUUUUUUUACGAAAACCAUUGAUGCCAAUGGAAAAGAAUCGUGGAUGAGCAACGGCACUUACUGGGAGUUGAGGAAAGACCCUGGAUUCUCAAAGGUGGACAACCCAGUGCUGUGGUGAGGGCCCAGUUGCACAUUGGGCCACGUGGAAAGUUUUUGCACCUCCCCUUAUCCCCCUGAGGUCUCUCCCUGCUCCCUGCUUCUCAGGUAUACCUCAUAGUAGGUGCCUUAACUUUUAUACAAGAGAGCACACUUGUUCAGCACACUUGUAUCUAAAGCACAGUGUAUGUGCUGUUAAAAUAUUGUUCCUCCCCACUCUAGCACAAGGGAGUAGGGGUAAGUGUCUCUGGUUAACUCAAAGUGCAUUAUUUGGAAAUACACUAAGGUUGUUACACCUUUCCACAUCACCUGACUUAAAUGUAACAUAUCCACAUCUGUUCUUCAUGGACACCUUUCUGUUUGAAAGUUUCACAAGUCAUGAAAAAGAAUAUUUUAUCGAACAGCUUGUUUUAUGAAGUAUUUUAGUUUUUAAAAAAAAGUAAGCUUUAUUUUAAAAGAAAAUAGUGUAUAUUUAUUUUGGGAGGUGAAUUUUCUCAUCUUUUGAGUUACUUCACUGCUGCUGAAGGUCUGACUGCUAAUGCAAUGGGUUUUAUGAUAUGACUUAUAAUUGGCACCCACACAGGGUAAAGGUUCCCUUUGCUACAGAGGUACUCUCUGAAAUAGAUCUCAUGAACAGUGGUGUUAUACAGUGAGAAAGAAUUCCAAAAGCAAUUUCCUCCCUCUCUACUAAUUUCUUGGAAUUGAUAGUCCAACUGUAUGUUUGGAAACCUCUAAUUCAGCCAAACCCCCUGCAGUAGACCAAUGACACAUGCAGGACUGAAACAGUAUUUAGCAGAUCUUAAAAAGAAGCAUUCAAUAUUUUGUGUUUUAGCACUGAUAUGUACAUUAUGUUUUAAUCAGAAAGAUUAUACAUUUGGACAGAUUGAGAGAGUGCCUCACUGGGGAGUUGUGACUGGUGACUGCACAGAAUGAGUGUUACACCUCAUACAUCAGGUUGUACGUUUCUGCAGGUUCCUAGCGCAUAAUGGGAACCACAUUGCUAGCAUGUUUUGAGGGGGAGCUUUUGUUUUCCUGUGGCAAAAUGACACUUGACAUUUUUCUUUUAAGAUUGUUUUGGGUCUCUUCAAGUGCCAGCACAGAAAACAAUUGGAACAUUCCUCAAGAAAGAUACAGGAUUCUUUCUUUUAAAAAGAACUUACCAUCUCACCAGCAAGUUGUAUUUGUUUCCCAUUCAUUGACGAGUGAGAGGUCUUGGAGCUCAUUGUUGAGCAGUGGACACAGCACAAAUUGGGGGUUAGGAAGCAGUCACAGGGGUCCUUGGGAGGAGUUUAUAGAGCCAGGUGUUCAGUGGGAGUAAAUGUACAAAAAACCAUGAUGUUUGGGAAAGCUAUCCCAGAAUAUACUAAUGCUAAUUAACCAAUAAUACAGGAGAUAACAUGAUGAAUUAACAUCAAAAUACUGCGCUUUUAGUCUAAGGUAUCAAGUACUGUCAGGGUGCCCUGACUGCAUGUGAAUCAUAGAAAGUUAUUUAGCAAUGAAGAGGUUACAAAUGUAAAAGUUGUAGGAUGCACAACUGGCAAAUUCAUCACAGCAGAGUGCCCAAGGCACAGCACAAUGUGCAGUUUGCAGUCAGUACUGUAAAGCCACAUGCCUCUCUGGAGACUGCACCACCGUGGCUGAGGGAGGGGGAACCGUGAUUAAAGUGAGUCCUGUGGUGCGAUUUCAUGUUGUUCCUGUGCGUGAGUUCUGACUUUCCUCAGCUGAAACUCUGCAGUUGUUAGUCCCGGCUCUGCUCAAGCAAUCAGUUAGCAGUCUGAAAAUCAGUUGUGCUGAACCCUGUGGGAGAGCUGCACUGCCAGCUAACCUGUAGAUACCAAUGACUAUACGAUCACAGUGGUGGCCAAUACCUGUGGCACAGAAUGUGACCCCUUCGGAUGUCUCUCCAUUCUGUACAAGCAUGAAUAAUAUCUCUUACCCCAGCUCCUGCCCCGUCACAUUAUUGUACAACAUUGUAUUUAUGAAAUUUAAUCCAGUGGUGAUGUUAAAGUAUUGGUGUUUGGCAGAUUAUUGCAGUGUAACAUUGUGGACUCGCUCCAUUCUGCUGUGACUCCAAGGGUUCCUUAAACCCCCCACCAAAUCUGGUGGAAUUCAGGCCACCAACUAUGACCCUCUCUGUGACCUACUGUAGAUAUAAUGGCGCUCAUCCCAGGGAAGGCUGACAGGUCAGCCGGAUAUACUGGAUAGUCUGCAGCUCCCAGAAUAGCAAUGUUUGGUGCUGCUCAUAAGGUCUUGGCUGAACUACACUGGGCUUGUGAAAAAGUUGCCAUGCACUGCAAUUCUUUCUGCUUUAACAAUGUUGGUAAUGUGAUCAGAUCAUGGUGGAUGCAAACAAAUGCUUUUCAUAGUGUUUGUGCAGUGAUGGCCACAGGAUUACAAUUCCCACUUGCAUUGCUGAGUGGUUGUAUGAUCUAGCUCUCUUUGCUUUAAUCCAGUGAGGCAGUAAUCAGGAAGGUUUGGGCUUUGGAUUGAUCAACAGUCUAUGCCAACUUAGCUGACCUCUGCUUUGGAGGAGGUGAGGUGGGGUCAGUUGGUGGAUCCUAGAAUUGGUUCCAUCAAGUGUAAAUGAAAGAAGGAAAGGAUAACCAAUCCAUUGACUUUUUUCUUGCACGUUUAUACAUUGGAUGCAGAUGGAAUUGAGCUCCACUGCUGGUUAACUUGGCAUCCUUCAUCUCGAGUUUUUCCCCUCGAUGUUGGCCAAGGCACAAGGUAGUCAUGGCAAGACAAUGGAUAUUAGCAAUACUGUUGAAAUUCUCUGCAAUGAAAAGCACUAUUUUGUUUGUUAUACCAAGAUCUUAGACCACUAAUAUACAUCUAAUGUUAGCAUUUACAUUCAAAUAUUAAAGCCUAAUGAUAAUUCCUUUUUUCUUGGAAGCCAUUGCUCAUAUUUACCAUCAUUCAGAGAGCUUCAGGAAGUUAGAGUUGUACAUUUUUCUGAUGAGAGCAUUUCCCUGGUCAUAAACACAUCCAAUUCUUUGUGUUUAAUUGAACCACUUAAAACAAAAACUCCAUUAACAUCUCCCUAUUUAAGUUUUUAUGUAUUCCUAUGUUAAUCCUGUUUUUUUUUGAGGGGAAGGGGGGGAAAAAGAAAAGUUGAUUUGCAGCUGGGGGGAAUUGCAAGAUGAUACAGUUGCUUUCAAUGUUCCUUGGCUUGGGUAAAGUUGGUGGGGGGAGGAGCAGGGUGGGGCAUUGGUGAGGAGCAAGGAAGGGAUCACUCUGUGUCCAGCAUUUCAUCAUAAAUAGCAUGCAGGGCAAACAUUGUGCAAGGACAGGAUGUAGAUUCCACAGUGAUUCUCUUGGUAAAAGUAUCCUCCUAAUGUUCACUGACACAGCCUCAUGUGUGAAGAAUGUGGGCCAUCAAUCCUUUCAAUGCUCGUAGAUUCUUGCCCCUUUGUGAAUAAGCACAAGAAGGACUAUAAGGAGUUUGGCAGUGGGAUGCUUGCAAAUCACUUUGUUUUAAAUUGGUGACUUGCCGUGAACGAGUCUAAAUAUCUCCAGAUUUAAAAAGGAACCUGUUGUGGGGUCAGUCGCUGCUCACUGGUCAAACUAGUGAGUUGUAAAGAUGAAUAAACAAAAUUGAUUUUACUGCACAUUUGCAGCACUUUCAAUCUGCAGCUGAAUCUAGACUCCUCUUCGCAUGAGGUGCUGAUUGGUUGCCUUGGGCCCUGUCACAGAUGAACCAAGAUGUUAUGAAGGUAUAGAGGGAGAAAGUUUAUAUUAAAAAAAAUUAACAUUUGGAGGGCUUGGAAUUUCCUUCUGGUUUGGUGAAGGCUCCUUCUCGUGCACUGUUGGUGUAUGGCCUGAACACCUUGGAUAUGUAUUUGGAACUGUUAAUUAAAGUGUGGAUGUCAGUCACCUUUAUCAUUUAAUGGCUUCAUUGCUGCCGAAUUUCCACUCCCACCCCCUCCCCGCACCCAAACCCUGAGGUUGUAUAAAGCUGGUAUUUAUACCUCCCUGAGGUGUUAUCUGCAGGCAGACAACAGACAGUGUCAGAACCCUUGACCUUGUGCUUCUGUGUAUUUUAUUAAGAUGAUUUGUCAGUUGAUCACUCAUUCUCAUCAUAAUAUCUCUGUACAUUUUGCUUCUGUAAUGUUUUGAGACACUGGCCACUUGAGCUAGAGCAAGAUUUGUUUUAAAAUUUUCAAAAUCAAAUCUGUAUAAUGUGGAUCCAGAGACAUAUGACGUUCAGAUUGGAAUCCAUGCACUGCAAAGUUGAGGUGGGUUGAGGGAAAUGGAGUGAAAUACAGAAUGUUCAGUUUUUAACAAGCCUACCAGUUUUGGGGCAGUUUUUUCUGUGCUCAUUCUGAUCCAAAAUUGUGCUAAUCAAGAUUGUUCAGACAGAUUUGAAUAAAGAAAAUCCACUUGAUUUUAUCCUCCCCAGAGUGCCAAGUUAAUAAUCUUCCUGGUACAGUUGGGUCUGGACUCUCCCCAUCCAAUAGUCUCUUUCCAGUCACGGAAGUAUUGCAAUCCCUUGCUUAAAUGUUUCUGUUGGAAAUUUUAAAGUGUUGACUUGGGUUUGCUUUCUCUCUCCCAAUAAAUAUCAUGGGAUGAAGAUUCUAUUUGGAAGUAAUACAAAGCCCUUAUCAAGUUGGCAGGAUGUUUUUUUUUUCCCCCAAGUUGCCUGAUUUUGUUUUAAAUUUUUUUCUUUUCCAUUGACUCAUUUCACAACCUCUGCAGUCAUGUAUUAUUGUCAAUUGGCCUUGUAUAUCUCUGGGAUUACAUUUGUUGCACUCUGCAUUAUUCCAUGAGUCUUGCAAAACAAUGACCAUUUUGAGACUUCUGCCCAACAAUGGCUCAGUUGGAAUUUCAACCCAAUCGCAUCUUUAAAUAAUGACCAGGAAGCAACUCAAAAUGAAGCAUGACAUAAUACGAAAAGAGAAAAAAAUAUACUUUGGGCUUCUUUUAAUAGCUUAGUCAAAAUUAAGUAUUUAUUCUCAACCACAACAGUUUUGAUUUGGAGAUUUCUGUUUCUAUACAUUCUUGUUGACUUUAUCUGAUGACCAGAUUAGUAAUGUAUUAGUGCCUGUAAUCAUCUCCAAGCAAAUCUUGUGUAUUGGUUAAUGGGGGAAGUGGACAUUGAGCUUUCUUUCAUAUGGGAAUGAAAAGUUGCACAUUAAGCAGAUUUGAUUUUGGACACUUUUCAAUGCUACACUCUGAGAAAAGGGGAGAGGAUUAUGUCUGUGAAGUGCAAUCGGUCAAUGACCAUUGUUUCCAUGCCUUGCUCACUCCAGUUAUCGAAAAAUAUUAGUUCUGUGCCAGUAUUAGUGAUAUUCCAUGAUACCAUAGGGAAUGUAAAAGUCAAUUUGCUGGUUUCUUCCCCUUCCAAUAACCUGGGAAUAGUUUACACUAUUCCAAGAUUACUCUGUUACUUUGGAAGAAUAAGCAAUAUACUAAAUACAAACGUCCCUGCAGUUUCUUCCUGACCCUCACUUCCACACCCUUUGUAUCUCCACCCCUCUAGGAAAUGAGGUCAAACUCCAGAACGUCCCUUGAAGCCUAAACCCUUCAGUGAUAUUACACUGUUAAAAGGGCAUUUCAUUCAUUGCAAUCUUCAUGCAGUAUUUGCAGUAAAGCAGUCAUUGUACCAUUGGUUGGGGGUGAGAGUUGGUGGAAGUAAAGCAGUUUGUAUCCUCCAGUGUCACUGAGACCAACGCUGACCAAUGUUACUUUGCUGCUAGACUCUGCUAUGAGGGUUAUAAAGGGUAAACUUCUGGAGAUUUUCCCCAGGAAUUGGGAAAUGGAACUCAGAGGGUAAUACCCCUGAUUAUAGCGUUCCUCAUUUUCUGGUGAUCAGUUUUGCUCUGUGGAUACCACUCCAUUUUUCCAGAAAUUAUUUUUUAUUCAAACAGUGAAGAAAUGAGAAAAUCCUGUUUGUCCCACUGAGCCUCAUUGCCUCACUUUAUUAAGCGUCCUGCAUGACAGUUCCUACCCCUGUGAAAUAUUCAUCAAUUUGUGCACAUGUUAUGUGAUUUGCGAAGAGCAAGCUGAAUGCACCCAACCUUUCCCCACCUAAUGACCCCAACCUUUCCCCCCACUUGAUGUCUACACACUUUCUGGCAGUUGUUGAUAAAAAGCAGCUCUGGUUCCUACCCUUGUGGGUUAGAGCUUGGCUGAAAUGUGAACACUUCAGCAAAACGUCAAUACGUUUUCUUCUCCAUCCACUCCAGAGCAAUGUGUUCCUCCCACCACUGUGGCAUUGUGACUUGCUAAUCUGGCACCCUUUUCACACUGCAAAACAAAUUGUCUGCACUUGCAUCCCAGUGAAAAUCCAAUGCCCACUUUAGACUUGUGUGGUAUCUCCAUUAGCCUUUGGAUUGGCACUGGCCCUGAAUGGCAUUGAGAUUGGGCAAAACUGGACUGACCCAGGUGCGGAAGCAACUCAUAGGAAUCAUUUCAAAAGUUACAGAAAGUCUGGAACUGAUUGGGGAAAAAAAAAUCAUUGUCUAAGUUAUGAAUUUCAGAAACCUUUUUGUAUUGUUUAGGAACAUGAUUGAAGCAAUAUUCAAAUAGAUCUUGUGUCAUCAGGACUUCUGUAUAAUACUGACACAGUAUGACAAGAUGUUUAAAGCCUUGUACUUGGCAGCUUUAAAUAAUGUUUAUUAAAAAUAGUGUCUCAAA